AUUUAAAGAAGAAACACUUUUUCAUAAACAAGACAUGCCUUUUGGAUUAAAAGUACCUUCCAAGAACACACUGAUUUUCAGUGGUGUUGCAGGUGGCAUUGCAGCCCAAGAUGCCAGAGCUAGACUUGCUCAACGAGUUUCUUUCCUCGCUGACAGACCUUGUGGUGUCCAUGAAAUGCCUCGUAAAGUCACAGUGUAUAUUACUGCACCACCUGGUGGUGGACUUGAAAAGAGUCGAACUUGGUUUCGUGAAUAUGUCAAGCCUAUUCUUGUUGCAGGUGCUGUCGAUUACGAAAUUAAAGAAGCUAAAUCACCUGGCCAAAUCGAAACUUCUGUCAUGGAAGAAAUCGUUCAACGUCUUCGUGAAGCCGCUGAAGCCGCCGAAUCAGCAAGUAAUGCAGAAUCAACCGACCAUGAACAAUUAGAAAACAAGUCCAACACAGGUUUUACAACACCUGUGAAUAACAUGAGCAACAAGAAGAAAAGUGAAGUGGUAUCCGAUGGGAUUUUAGGGAUAGGUAGAAAUGCGUAUCGUGAAGUGCUUUGCGCAUUAGGCAAGGGAUGGGAUUAUAUUAUUGCUGUGUUUGUAGAGGUUCGUCUUCUAGAAGUGUUAGGACAUAGAAAAGACAAAGGAUGAGACAUCUUUUAUUGCAGAGGAAACCUUGGAAAUGUUAAAAGCCACAUCAUUUAAGAAUUUGACAAUUUCUCGCAUCCGCUGGAGUUUUCACAUAUCAUGGAUAUCCCCUAAAUAAAAAUCAUUUAAUGACUCAGUGCAUCUUUAAUUAUACGUGUAUUCGGAAGCAGGAAAAUACGAUGUAGAUGCUGUAUUGAACCAAAUCGACAUUUCUAAGAACGGGGUCCGGAUUAUAGCAAGAGGAAAAAAAGUAUUGUAUUAGACAUGGUGUAGCCGAAGUAUUGAAGAAAAUAGAUAUGCUAAUUCAAGUAGAUACAAGCAUUU